AUGGUUGUGGACAAUACUAGAAUAUUGAUUGUCUCUGACGGAGAUUACAAAGAAAUCACCAGGGUUGUUAAACGCUUGGAGAAAAAAUACCUGCGCAAACUUGGCUACAACUACGAGAAUGCCGGUGUUCAAAACGCAAUAAAGUUAUUGAACGAAAAAGACCGAGAAGAAUACGGUUAUCCAUUUUUUAUGCGCACAAACGAAACACCAGAAUCAACCGUUCUAGACGCCGAAGGAGCGUGGUCUCAACAAAACAUAAAACACGAACAAAACGGGCUAAAGACGAAAAAACAAUAUCAAAGACCGACGAGACGCUCUCAUUACGGCAAGCAGCGUCGGCGGUCUUGCAACCGACGUCAGAUGUACGUAGAUUUCGACGAGAUUGGCUUGGUAGGCUGGAUAAUAUCACCCAAAGGUUUCAACGCACACCACUGUAAGGGGCCAUGUGAGUUUCCCUAA